UUACUCACCAGUCUCCUGUCCGUCUCAGAAGAUCGUCCCCUCGGAAACAAGCCUCACCACUUCCGGAAGCUGCCUGUGGACUCUGUGGAGAGUUGGUUCUAUUGCGUCCCUGUGUCGGGAGUGCAAAGAACCCAGAGGUCGGGCCUAGAAGCUGAGGGCUCAGGGAAGGUGUGCAGGCAGGUAGAGCUGUCUCUCCCGGAUGCCGAGACUUGACACCCAGCAGUCUCCCAUGGCUCCUUAUCACAUCCGCCAGUACCAGGAGAGAGACCACAAACAGGUCCUGGACUUGUUUUCCAGGGGCAUGGAGGAGCACAUCCCCGCCUCAUUCUACCACGCAUUGACGCUGCCCCGAACCUUCCUGCUCUUACUUGGGAUACCCAUUGCCCUGGUCCUGGUGUCUGGCUCCUGGCUGCUGGGCAUUAUGUGCGCCUUCUUUCUGCUCUUGUUACUUUGGCUCCUUGCCGGACAGCCCUUGAAGAAGUUUGUGGCCACGUGUUUACACACAGACCUGGGUGACAUCACCAAGUCCUACCUCAGUGAGCUUGGCUCCUGCUUCUUGGUGGCUGAGACUGAGGGCCAGGUGGUAGGCAUGGCAGCUGCUCUGCCAGUCAAGGAUCCCUCAUUAAAGAGGAAGCAGCUGUUGCUCUUUCACCUGUCUGUGUCCUCACAGCACCGAGGACGGGGAAUAGCGAAAGCGCUGAUCAGAGCUGUCCUCCAGUUUGCAAGGACCCAGGGCUACAGUGAUGUUGUUCUACGUACUUCUGUGCUGAUGCGUGAUGCCGUGGCCCUCUACGAGGGCAUGGGCUUCCAGAAGACAGGCGAGUCCUUCUUCAACACAAUAGCGAAGAUAAUGACUGUCCCUUCAAUCCAUUUCAGGUACCCACUCCCUACGGCUCAGGAACGUGAGCUAUGA